AUGGCUCCCGGGCCGCCACUGCUUGCCGUUACGCCGGAGGCGUCGCAGCCGGGCAGUACGCGAGCGUCCCGACCAGGCAGUCAGAGCAGGCGCGCCAGUCUGGAGGAGCGGCAGAGGUCAGACGGCCGAAAUGCUGAGGAGCGGCGGAAGUCGGAGCUGGAAGCGCUUCGAGCGGCCAACGAGCUGCGCGAGUUUGUCACUCAAAAAGAGGGAUCCGCCCUGAGGGCAUGGUGCAAGCACUUCGACCCCGACAACGACCAGAAGAUCAGCCAGAGCCAAUUCUUGCGAGGUAUGAGCAAGAUGGGCUACUCGGGCGACGCCGCUGCCCUCUUCAAGUCGCUGGACGCCGACCGCUCUGGAGAACUCUCCCUGGAGGAGAUGGACGCCUACGCGUCGGGCCAGUGGCGUCGCUUUCGCGCCUUCUGUGUCCAGAACUUCGAGGAUCCCGAAGACAUGGUCCGGCGACUGGGGAAGAAGGUGGAGAUCGAGAAGCGCCGGGGUGGCGCGCAGGUCCUGCAAGGUGGCCCGGACAUUUGGACGGUGACCCUGGCGCAGUUCACUGAGAAUGUUCGCGCACUCGGCUGGAGCAGUGGCUACGAGGACAUGAUCUUCCCUGCGAUGAAUGUCCACGACAAAGAGGCGAUCUCGGUCGAAGAUUUAAAGUGGCUGGAGAUGGAGCAGAGGCGGCAAAAGCGUAAAGAGCUCGCAAAGAAGAAAGCCUUGCAGGAGAACCACAAGAGGAACAAAGACGUGCACUUCAAGGGCCGCGAGGCCUGCCUGGCCGACUUCAAGCAGUACCUCCGCCGGAAGUACGGCAGCUUCCUGCGCGCCUGGUUCAAGGCACUGAGCCCGGAGGGCGCCAUGAUUCUCCAUCGCAGCGAAGUCUUCAAGGCUUGCGCUCACCUGGGUUGGCCAGGGGACGUGCGACUCCUAUUCUCCGCCUUUGACAAGGACAACAGCGGCUACGUGUCCAUCGAGGAACUCGACGCUCGCGCGGCCGAACUGCUGGCUCACUUCCAUGACUUCGUCAUGAGUAAGUUUGGCAACGCCACUGCUGCCUUCAAGGCGUUCGACCGAUACAACCAGAAGAAGCUGAAGCAGCAUGAGUUCAUCAGCCAGGUAAAAAGCCAUGGCUUCCAACAUCCUGCAAAGCUUCUUUUCCAUGGCCUGGACCACAAGGAAAUGAAGGCGAGCAUUGCAUUGGAGUGGAUUUCGCGGUUCAGGCUAGAUGGUUCUGGCAAUUCUCUCGCACAGUGGCCAGUUGCAGAGGCAGUGAUGCUGGAGGACUUGCUUUUCCUGGAUCGCUGGAAGCCGCCGGCAUUCCUGACACGCCUGCUGAGCUGCAAGCAAUCCAUUCAGCGUUGUGGGGGUGCACCGGACUUAUGGAACUUGAUGGUGAGGGUGUAG